AUGCGAUUGUUUACUAAUUGUUGUAAUGUACACGCUUGUAAGAUUGGUAAGAUAGACGUCCUUGCUAAGAAAUAUUUUCCUGCUACAGUCUCUUACCAAGUCCACAAAACUGUCUUUGUGAUUAAGAAUAAGUUGACAGAAGAAAAGAUGAGAUUGUAUAAGAAAACUGCUUUUGGUCCACUGUUGGAUAUAAAUCUUAUUUUCAAUGGACAACUUUUGCACCACUUUUUGUUAAGGGAGAUAGUGGAUGCAAACCCAAACGUUAUAUCAUUCAACAUUCUAGGGAAGAAUGUAACAUUCUCCCAAGAUGAUUUUAACUUGAUAACUGGGUUAUUACCGAUCAGGGAAACAGUAGAAAGAGAAACAAGUAGUGAAAGGCUACGAGAACUCAUUCUUGGAUCGAAGGACCCAAAUGAAAAGGAUAGUUCUUGCAAGGAUGUGGAGACCGCAUUCGAGAAGUUCAAUUUUACUAAUGACGAAAAUCCUGUCAAGGUUGCAUUGGCAUUAUUCAUCAAAACGAUGAUGAUUGGAAAAGACAAGAAAACCCAAUUCGAUGUGAAUAUAUUUGGGAUUGUUGAUGACAUUGAAGUCUUUGUAUUUGAUUCCAUGCCAAACUACAUUGGUAGCGACAUAGUUGAUGGUUAUCUUUAG